AUGCUGGGAGGGGCCGGUUUCAAAGGGCGUGGCGCAAUGCCUGCCAUUGCCCGGCAGCAAUUGAUUGUCCCACGCUCUAGUCGUUCGAUAUCGACUUAUCGAACGCAAAAGUAUGGUGGUUAUGGGCAAAUCAAACAGACACUCGCCGGUGGCCUCACACGAAGAGCUACACCCUCCGCCGUUCCUGGAUCGAUAAUGGCCGCUCGUUUUAACUCGACUUCGUCUACCACAUCUGUUGCCUCUGGUGCGACUGCUAGUGAGGAUGCUGUCGGUCAGGCCACUCAAACUGAGGCUGGUGACAUCUCCGGCUUGUCGCUAUCGGACAUCGACGCACUCCCCGAACACAUUGGAUACCUGAAGCAGCUUGGGUUAGACUACGGCUGGGGUCCGUCAUCGAUGAUCGAAUGGGUCAUCGAGCAUGUUCACGUUUGGUCAGGUCUGCCGUGGUGGGCGAGUAUCGUGGGAACCGGUCUUUUGGUCCGUCUGGCAUUGUUUUACCCUAUGCUGGGUGCGUCCGACACGGCUGCCAGGAUGCAGAAUAUCAAGCACAUCAUCAACCCUCUUCGCACGAAAAUGCUUCAGACAAAUGCGGCAGGAAACAUGGUGGAGGCAACCAGGGUCCGGGCGGAGAUGAGCAAGUUGCAGAGUGACCAUGGGAUUAAGCCAGUCAAGUCAUUUAUUCCUUUCCUUCAGGUUCCCCUGGGUUUUGGAUGCUAUCGAGUUGUCAAUGGCAUGACUUCGCUUCCUGUCCCGGGUUUGGCUACGGAGACGGCGGGUUGGUUGAAGGAUCUUACUGUUGCUGAUCCGGUCUUCAUUCUCCCGGCUCUUUCAGCAGCCUUUAUGCAUCUCACUCUUCGGAAAGGUGGAGAGGCCGGUAUGAAUGAAAUGAUGAACUCAUCAUUUGGAAAGGCAUUCCUUUACGGUCUUCCUGCUAUCAGUUUUGCUUUCAUGGCCUUCUUCCCCAGCGCCCUCCAACUCUACUUUGUUUCAACAGGUCUAUUCGCCCUGGGCCAAGCAUACCUCGUCCAAAACGAAAGCUUCCGGAAAUUCGCAGGCAUGGCCAUUCCCAAGAAGAUGGCUGGCCCUGCCGCCGCAGAAGCCCGAAACAACGACCUCCGCAUGCUGCAGGACCUCAUGAAAGCCCAACAGGCCAAGCUUCUCGAGGCCCAGAAGGAAAGCAAUGCCUCCCAAGAAGCCAACAUCAGCUUCAUCGACCGCAUGGUCAACUCCUUCAAGGAGAACAAGAACAACAUCCAGCGCGAAGCAACCGAAAAGAUCAACGAAUUCCGCGGCUCCGGUCCCACCAAGAAUGCAGACGGUUCUAUCGCCGAACCGCCUCGCCUUAGCGAAAAGGACCAGAAACUGGCUGCUGACUACGAGCGGAGGAGAAGGGAAGAGGAAGAGUGGAAGCGGGAGGAGCGCAACCAUGCGAAGAGAGUGGAGUAUAUGAAGGCCCUCGAGCGGCAGCGAGAGAAGGCUCGCGCCUCGUUCUCUCAGAACCAACGGUGA